AUGACCUAUGAAGGCCCACCAAUAGAGUUCAGACUUGAGCUCUUGACUCUUGCAUUACGGAAUAACUACUUUAGAUUUGAAGAACGGUGGUAUCUUCAAAUUGCUGGCACUUCGAUGGGGGCGGCAAUGGCACCCAUGUAUGCCAACGCAUACAUGUACAUUUAUGAGCAACAAUGGAUUCUAUCCAAGUUUGGUCAGUACAUCCAAGGGUACUUCAGGUACAUUGACGCUUUGUCGAUUCUUUGGGGUGGCAGUGUUUGGGAGGCUUCCGACAUGGUACAACACCUUAAUCAAUUGGAGAGUCCUAUCAGAUUUACGUCAAAUAUCAGCACGACAUCUGUUCAAUUUUUAGAUUUGGAAAUAUCAGUGAAGGAACAGAGAAUACCCUAUAGCCUUUACACAACGCUGAUGCAUCGUAACACUAUCCUACACAAUGAUAGUGCACACCCAGGGGCUCUGAAGAAAUCAUUUCCUAGAGCACAAUUCUUAAGGGUAAUUCACAAUAACUCAGAAAGGGAUGUAGUGGAGCAACAACUCAAGGAGAUGAUGGAGAGAUUCCUUGUACGUGGCUACAGAUGGGGAGACUUAUUAAAAGAACUAGAUGAGGCAAAGUCUGCAUGCACUAAUAAAAUGGUCAAUAAAGCCCCGAGGAUGGUCUUUCCUAUGAACUUCAAUGAUGUGUCCCCAAUGGUGUCUAGGGUCAUCAAAGAGAACUGGAAGAUGCUAUCAAGUGACUACACGCUUCCAAAGAUUUUCAAAGAACUACCACUUUCUUAG